CGCCUCGUUUUGCAUGAUUUCAUCCGGGCACAGGCAAUUUUGGGGCGUCAGAAAACGUGCUUAGCAUGUGCUUUGUCUGCUAGCAGGCACACGUUUCCUUUCUCUCUUACCCUUCCGUUUCUUUCACGUCUUCUUAGGCCAACUCCUGAACAAUUGCAGCAGCGAGCUGCCUGAGAGAAGUUCAGACUUCAGAGCAACGCAUCAUGUGCUUGUGUUUUAUAUAGAAGAGCCAUUAGAGCUAAGUCAAAUCUAAAAAUUUUUCAGUUCAGGGGUCCUCUGGUCGGCGAACAAGGAGAUGUCCUGACGUGUUUAAAAGAAAAAGAUUCCAGCGACGGAAGAAAGUAGUGGGAAAGCUUUUGUAUGGCAGAUAUCGACUGCAGAUCUUACAUCUCGAAGCUCCGGUCAACACGGGCUUCGUAUUUCUUCCUGUGAAAGUGCCAGGCGCUGCACUCAAUGGUUAUUGAGAAGCCCCUACCUGCAAAUCGAUCACUGGUGCUACCCACCUUUUUGGAAGUGCCAACCAAUCUGCUGUUGGCCCUUCGUUUUCCUGAAUCCAUUUUCGGAGCUCAGGUUUCUUGUAUUCUCAUUUGGUAUACCAACCUUUAGAUUGGAUGUGGUAACUGCUGCUCUGCUUCUUCCUUUUCCUCUCUUCCUCCUCGAGUAGAAAGUUGGUAGUUGCAGGAUUUUAGAAAGGCGACAUGGAUAGUAGAUAUAUGGGAAUAGUUGCACAGGUAAUGAUCAUGGUGAUCAUAAUUUCUGUGAUGUUGUUGAGCUUCGGUCUUUGGGUCUUGGUGGUGAUGCAUUUAUCCGUGGUGGGUAGGGCCCUUGGGAAUGGGAUCAGAACUAGGAAUUUGCAUAGGAAAGAUGAUGAGCGUGCUGGGAUGGAUAUAGAUGAGUUACAGAGGCUUCCCUGGUUUCAUUUUGGGACAGGAGGGGAAAAGGGUGGCUCAACUGCUUGUGCUGUCUGCUUGGAAGGGCUUCAGAGAGGUGAUAGGUGCAGGUUGCUGCCCUUCUGCAGGCACAGCUUCCAUGUGCAUUGUGUUGAUCCAUGGCUGAUUCAGGUCUCAGUCUGUCCAAUCUGCCGGGCGAGCACGAAGCUGAAGAGGGAACGAGGUUGUGCACGGUGGGGUCGGUCCUUUGGGUGGGUGUUCUGACUUCUGAAUUGGAAUCGGCUCGACCUGUUGCAGUUGGAAACUGUAAGCACUCGAUGUCGUCCAUCAUCGUUUGCCUGCUAUAAUCCUCUGGUCUGUGCCAUCGGUUCUGAAAUGAACAUUUUGGUAGGUGUAAAUGGUAUCUGGUUCAUAAAUGGUCGUCUCAAACGCUUCCAUGCAAUCUACUUUUGCUUCUCUGUUUCCUGUAAUAGGCGGUUUAUGGCAAUUUGAAGCGUGCCUGGACAGAUUUAUAACAGGUUAAUCCAUGCAAAAGUAUGACUCCUAAGAAGGUUUGUGACAUCCACAUCCAAUGAAUUGCACGGUCUAUUCCUGUUACCAAAAGCAGUCCUAAUUUCUUCUUCUUCUUCUUUCUUUCUUUCUGUCAAUUUGCUACCCCUUUUUGGUUUGGCGAUAUUUAGCAAACUCUGAUUCUAUGGCCUUGAAAGUAUUGUUCCACCGACCAGACGCCAUGUACCAGGCAUAUGCUUCUUCAUAAAAGGAAAAUCAUGAAUCUGUAAGACCAAAGAUUCUUUGCUCUUGUGGUUUUCAUCAUAGUGCCCUCGUGAACCGUCCAUUUCUUACAACAUUUUCCAGUUUUGUGUAUCUCUGAAUCAUACUAUGGGAUGUUUGAAUCGUUUCGAUCGAUGUCAUCAAAUUGGUUUCGAGCAAUCAGACAAGUGGUAGCCUCGGCCACAAUACGAAAAAAAGAAC